UUCUUUCCGUUUCCCUUCCUCGUCAUUUCUCACUUUCAUUUCUCUCUACUCAUUUUCUCUUACCUGAUUUCUCUGCUGACCUAGUCUAAUUUCGUAGAGAAAACUGGAGCUUAAUUAUUGAUGAAGAUGGGUUUUGGAAAUCACCAAUGGCGUGGACCCAGUCUUGUCUGCCCACUAACUCCGAUAGGUAGGAUUUUGUAGGUAGGAGAUUAGAUUUACAGUUCUCGCAGGCAUCCCUGUUUUGAGGUUUUGCGUACAUAUAUAAAUAGAAAUGGCUGGUAUGUUACCUGGUGUUGAAUGUGCACGAAGGAGACGGUUCCAUCAGAGCGUGGCAUGUUCUGAUUCGUCUCCUUCCCUGGCGGCUCAUGGUUGGACGAGAAGGCCUUCCUUUUGUCUCUACAGCAGUAAUCGCGAAACUCAUCACAGCUCUGUUUCUUCCUUGCCGAGGCUCAAAUCAAACCAGGCGUAUUCUCAGGACGAGAAGCUGGGAGAAAUAGCCAGAGAAGCCAAAGAAAGAUUGGACGAAAGGCUGAGGACACAGAGAAAAUUAGACCCUAAAAGGAAGAAGAACAUCGAUGAGAAGUUAAAAGUUGCGGACGGGAGAUCCACGGCGGCGGUGAGGGAGUUGCAGACCGAGGUGUUUGGAUUAAAGAAGACUGGUACGAAAAGGUCUACUUGGCCUAAACUGAUAAGCUGGAAGGCGAAAGAGCAGGAGGAGUGCGCCAUUUGUUUAGAAAAGUUCAAAGGUGGUGAGACUUUGGUGAACCUGUCAUGCGCCCACAGGUUCCAUUCGCGAUGUUUGAUGCCAUGGGUGGAGAAUCAUGCUCAUUGCCCGUUUUGCAGAACGGAGAUCCUGUCUUGACUCUCUGGCUUUCUCUCUGUUUCUUCCUGUACCGACAAACAAAUACUCGGUGAGUCAUGGGGGUUGGGGUGAUCGGAAAUGGUUCUUUUCUUAAUUCUCUGUGAAUGAUUUUGCAUGCGAUGUGGAAAUUUGAUGCGUAAAAAGUGUUGUAUUAUUUUAAUUUGUCUAACGUGCUGGGUGUAGAUUCUUUGUUCAAAUAUAUACAUACAUACAUAUAUAAUUUCAAUUUGAGAUUUGGAAGACACAGGAAAA